AAAAUAUAUUGCACAAUAAAGUCUUAUAAUGGAAUAUCAGUCAUAGUUAAAAGGUAACUGUCUGCAAUGUUGAUUGUGCUGUUGAAUUAAGCUGCUGAUUAUUCCGGCUGUCACAUGCGGUCAUCGCGAUCUUACACGAUCAUCCAUCAUCUUUUACAACUCACAGCUCGAUAGCUUCAACCUGCUGCAAGACCAGUCGGGUCUUCGCUCCAGAGCAAUCUGACCAUGUUUGGCCUACCGAUAGCACGCGCAUUCCGCAGCGCCCCUCCGUCCUCAACAGCACUCCCCGCGCUUCGCAUUGCAUUUCCUGCACCUCGAUACUCUCCGAUCCACACCUCGAGAACUAUUUCCUCCUCCUCCCUCACAUACCGAACACUAGCGUUCUCCAGAACAUUACCCCGACUAUCCGGUCGCUUCCCAAGUCGGCCGUUUUCAAGCUCUGCUCGACAAGGUUAUGGAUACAGAAAUGACAGAUAUCGACGGUUCGGUGGUUCUGCGAGGGAGCCACUUUUCAUCCGCAUGCUGCAAAAUGCCCAACCGAAACAUUUCGUCAUUAUCGGCGUUGUAAUCGGGGGUUUCUAUAUCUAUAAUACUGAAACAGUGGAGAUGACUGGCCGUCGGCGGUUUAACUGCAUUCCUGCACACCAGGAACUCAAGAUGGGCCAGAAAAGUUACCAGGAUGUGUUGAGUGAUGUGCGAGGGAGGAUUCUUCCUGAAAAUCACCCUAUCACUAUGAAGGUCAAUAAAGUUCUUGCCCGGCUUAUUCCGCAGGCGCCGAUCGAGGGUGCGAAUUGGAAAGUCCAUGUGAUUAAGGAUGAUGGAAUGGUUAAUGCAUUUGUUCUUCCUGGUGGUAAAGUCUUUGUCUACACUGGCAUCUUGCCUAUCUGUGAAGAUGAAGAUGGUUUGGCAGCGGUGUUAGGCCAUGAAAUUGCUCAUGUGGUCGCUCACCAUCCCGCAGAACGAAUGAGUAACAACAUAGUUACCAUCGGAGCCGUAUUCCUUGUCUCGAUGUUGUUCGAUAUCUCGGGUCAUAUCCCCUCGAUGCUUUUCAAUCUUAUGUACAGCUUGCCUAAUUCGCGAACACAGGAGGCUGAAGCAGAUGAUAUCGGAUUAAUGAUGAUGUCCAGAGCUUGCUACAACCCCGAGGCUGCUGUCAAGCUUUGGGGCCGUAUGCAACAAGCGGAGAAAGAAGCACCUCCCCAGUUCAUGUCAACGCAUCCUUCCAGCUACAACCGCAUGGAAACAAUUCGUGGAUGGUUGACCAAAGCUGAGGCCGCAUACGAAGAAAGCGGAUGCCACUCUAUCGGCGGUUUCGUCCCUGGGUUCCGGCAGGCAUACGGUGACUUUGGAUGGUAACGAUAGACCGCCCGGGAAAGAAUUUAGACUGUACUAUAUAGAUUUUGAAUCUCUUAUGAACUAAUAUAACAAUUUCUGGAUUGCCA